AUGAGCACUAAUACCAUCACCUUUGAGAAUGGAGCCACAGCACAACACGAUCUCAUUAUCGGCGCAGACGGCAUUGGAUCCGUCGUGCGAGGCAUCCUGGGCAUCAAGCCCGAGAAGAAGCCCUCCGAUUCGAGCUGUCUGCAUGCCAACGUGGAUACCGAUGAAGCCGUCAAGCUAGGUCUCGUUGACUAUUCCCAAGACAGUGCCUUGGAGUACUGGGGUGGCCAGGAGGGCAAAUGGGACAAGAUCGUGCUGUCACCUUGCAACGGCGGCAAGCUGCUCUCGUAUUACUGCUUCUUCCCUCGCGAGCAGGGUGACUAUACCUCACAGGCGUGGGGUGCUGAGGGUCGACCUGUUGAGGAGCUGUUAAAACCCUAUCCCAACCUGGACUCCCAGGUGCUCAAGCACCUCUCCAUCGCCAAGGAGAUUCAGCCAUGGCGUUUGUGGGUCCAUGAACCAUACCCGUACAUCCAGAAGGGUAAAGUCUGCCUUUUGGGCGAUGCCGGACACCCGAUGAUGCCCCACCAGAGUCAGGGAGCCUGUAUGGCCAUCGAGGAUGCAGCUGCGCUGGGAAUCCUGUUCAAUAAGACGUACUUCAACGGUGACAUCGCACAGUCCCUUGCAGUCUACGAGGAGAUUCGUCUUCCUCGUGCCACUCGAGUGCAGGCGGCCGCAGCCAAGGCAGCGUAUAACAUCAACGAGCGAAUUGGUGAGCCACCCAUUUUCUGCAGUGGAUUUCUAUAG